AGAUAUGACGACCAAGACGUCAUAUCAUGAUCAACAAUAAGCUCAGGAAAGUCCAAUGUAAUUACACAAAGCAGAUCGGAAACAAUAUUCUAACGAAUUGAUUCGCUGUCCUGUUACGUCUUGUAAUCGAGUGACCUACUUCGGUGAAUCUUCUAUUCACAACCUGCUGAUUAGAUUCCUAUACAGUCCACCCAGCGAACCAUCAUCAGGUCAUCAGGACCAACACCAACCCAACGUAGCUUCCGAAGUAACCAAAGCAAUCAAUCGCCUCUGGGCCCGAUCCCUUCGCCAGCCGCCCGGCUACCCUCGAACCCUAGCCAACCGGAACCCCAUCAGGCGCGACCGCUAACCUCGCCGCCAUGGCCUGGCGCAGCUCGGGCGCCUCCAACGCGGAGCUAGUCGAGAACCUGUGGCGCAACAAGCUGAUCACGCAACCGCUCGUCAAAGCGGCCUUCCUCAAGGUCGACCGCGCGCACUACGCGCCGUCGAGCCCGUACGAGGACUCGCCGCAGCCCAUCGGCCACCGGGCCACCAUCAGCGCGCCGCACAUGCACGCCAACGCCGUCGAAUCUCUGCUUCCCUUCCUGCUCCCUAAGAUCCGAUCGGGACCCCAGAGCGCCGAGGGCGUGGCUUCGGUCGAAGGGCAAAAGGGACGGCCUAGACGCGUCUUGGAUAUUGGGAGCGGGAGCGGGUACCUGACGCACGUGCUCGCGGAGCUGGUGGGCGAGGACGGGGUCGUGGUGGGCCUGGAACAUAUUAAGGAGUUGAAGGAGCUGGGCGAACGCAAUAUGGCGAAGAGUCCGGAGGGACGCGCGUUGCUUGAGAGCGGGCGCGCGAGGUUCCGUGUUGGCGAUGGUCGGAAGGGGUGGAGUGAGCCGAAGCCUACGGCGCAGCAGCCGGGUGUCGGGGGUCCGGCGGUGGAGACGGAUGUUAAGGACGAGGAGGGCGGGUGGGAUGCUAUUCAUGUGGGUGCCGCGGCGGAGGAAUUGCAUGAGGAGCUGGUGCGGCAGAUGAGGAGCCCCGGACGCAUGUUUAUACCUGUCGAAGAUGAAAAUGCCUUGGAACAGUAUAUUUGGACGGUGGAUAAGGACGAGCACGGGGUCGUCAAGAAGGAGAGGUUGUAUGGGGUCAGGUAUGUGCCGCUUACCGAUGCUCCAUCUAGAACGUGAGGGCGAGGUGAGAGAGUAUGAGUACGAGAGCCAAAUAGCUUUGAGGAUAAGGGUGAGAGGGUAUGAAUAUGAGAGUAAAAUGGCUUGAGGGUAUAGGAAGUGGGACUUAUGGUUUCUACUAUCGUUAAGCUGGUGGUCUUGAAGUUCAUUGGAACUGAGCUGGGAGACGAGUCUACAAUGAAUUGCAUCGAGUCUCGUUUUAUGAGUGCGGAUUGGAAGCUAUCGGCUUUAUUUUAGUAGUGUUAGUUCAAUGCAACUAUCGUCACCCAAAUCAGG